CGCGGCUUUUCCUGUGCCGCCUGCCCGGCUCGACCUGCGCGGCCUGCGGCUUCCUGGGAACUCGAGGGCCGCGGCCGGGCCUGGCUCUGCCCGCGGCCUGCUUGGAGCUGGACCGGAGCGGUUUGGGAGGACCAGCUAGGCAAAGAGGCUUUUAAAAAAACAUGGCAGAUGUGGAUCCGGAUACAUUGCUGGAAUGGCUACAGAUGGGACAAGGAGAUGAAAGGGACAUGCAACUAAUAGCUCUUGAACAGCUAUGCAUGCUGCUUUUGAUGUCAGACAACGUGGAUCGUUGUUUUGAAACAUGUCCUCCUCGCACUUUCUUACCAGCCCUCUGCAAAAUUUUUCUUGAUGAAAGUGCUCCAGACAAUGUGUUAGAAGUGACAGCCCGUGCCAUAACGUACUAUCUGGAUGUAUCUGCAGAAUGCACCCGAAGGAUUGUUGGGGUAGAUGGAGCUAUAAAAGCACUUUGUAAUCGUUUGGUUGUAGUUGAACUUAACAACAGGACUAGCAGAGACUUAGCUGAACAGUGUGUGAAGGUGCUGGAACUGAUAUGCACUCGUGAGUCAGGAGCAGUCUUUGAGGCUGGAGGUUUGAAUUGUGUGCUUACCUUUAUUCGUGACAGUGGACACCUGGUUCAUAAAGACACUUUGCACUCUGCCAUGGCUGUGGUAUCAAGACUCUGUGGCAAAAUGGAACCUCAAGAUUCUUCAUUAGAAAUUUGUGUAGAAUCUCUGUCUAGCUUAUUAAAACAUGAAGAUCAUCAGGUUUCAGAUGGAGCCUUACGAUGUUUUGCAUCACUAGCUGACCGAUUUACCCGUCGGGGUGUUGACCCAGCUCCAUUAGCCAAGCAUGGAUUAACUGAGGAACUGUUAUCGAGAAUGGCUGCUGCCGGUGGUACUGUAUCGGGACCAUCAUCAGCAUGUAAACCAGGUCGCAGCACCACUGGUGCCCCUUCCACAACUGCAGAUUCCAAAUUGAGUAAUCAGGUGUCAACAAUUGUAAGUCUGCUCUCCACACUUUGCAGAGGCUCUCCAGUAGUAACACAUGAUCUCCUGAGAUCAGAGCUUCCAGAUUCAAUUGAAAGUGCAUUACAGGGUGAUGAAAGAUGUGUACUUGAUACCAUGCGUUUGGUUGACCUUCUCUUGGUGCUGUUAUUUGAAGGAAGAAAGGCCUUGCCUAAAUCUAGUGCUGGGUCUACAGGCAGAAUUCCAGGACUCCGUAGAUUGGAUAGUUCUGGGGAGCGCUCACAUCGGCAGCUUAUAGACUGUAUUCGAAGUAAAGAUACGGAUGCACUUAUAGAUGCAAUUGACACAGGAGCCUUUGAAGUAAAUUUUAUGGAUGAUGUGGGUCAGACUCUAUUGAAUUGGGCCUCUGCUUUUGGAACUCAGGAAAUGGUAGAAUUUCUUUGUGAGAGAGGUGCUGAUGUUAAUAGGGGUCAAAGGUCAUCAUCCUUACAUUAUGCUGCAUGUUUUGGAAGACCUCAAGUAGCAAAGACUCUGUUACGGCAUGGUGCAAAUCCAGAUCUGAGAGAUGAAGAUGGGAAAACUCCAUUAGAUAAAGCUCGAGAAAGGGGCCAUAGUGAAGUAGUAGCUAUUCUUCAGUCUCCAGGUGAUUGGAUGUGUCCAGUUAAUAAAGGAGAUGAGAAGAAAAAGAAAGAUACUAACAAAGAUGAAGAAGAAUGUAAUGAGCCCAAAGGAGAUCCAGAAAUGGCACCAAUAUACUUGAAAAGAUUAUUGCCGGUGUUUGCACAAACAUUUCAGCAAACUAUGCUGCCUUCAAUAAGGAAAGCAAGUCUUGCUCUGAUUCGAAAAAUGAUUCAUUUUUGCUCUGAAGCACUGUUAAAAGAAGUUUGUGAUUCUGAUGUUGGUCACAAUUUGCCUACGAUAUUAGUGGAAAUCACUGCAACUGUUCUUGAUCAAGAGGAUGAUGAUGAUGGUCACUUGCUGGCUUUGCAGAUCAUAAGAGAUCUAGUAGAUAAAGGUGGUGAUAUUUUUUUGGAUCAGCUAGCCAGACUUGGUGUAAUUAGCAAAGUGUCAACUUUGGCAGGUCCUUCCUCUGAUGACGAGAAUGAAGAGGAAUCAAAACCAGAAAAAGAAGAUGAACCACAAGAAGAUGCUAAAGAAUUACAGCAAGGUAAACCAUAUCAUUGGAGAGACUGGUCAAUCAUUAGGGGAAGGGACUGCUUAUAUAUUUGGAGUGAUGCAGCAGCCUUGGAAUUGUCUAAUGGCAGUAAUGGAUGGUUCAGAUUUAUCUUGGAUGGAAAACUUGCUACCAUGUAUUCAAGUGGUAGUCCUGAAGGUGGAUCGGAUAGUUCAGAAAGCAGAAGUGAAUUCUUAGAGAAGUUACAAAGAGCCCGAGGCCAAGUAAAGCCAUCUACUUCAAGUCAACCUAUACUCUCAGCACCAGGACCCACUAAACUUACUGUAGGGAAUUGGUCAUUAACAUGCUUGAAAGAAGGAGAAAUUGCUAUUCAUAACUCAGAUGGUCAGCAAGCUACAAUAUUGAAAGAAGAUUUACCUGGUUUUGUAUUUGAAUCUAAUAGAGGAACCAAGCAUUCAUUUACUGCAGAAACUUCUUUGGGUUCAGAAUUUGUGACUGGCUGGACUGGCAAAAGAGGCAGAAAACUGAAAUCCAAGUUAGAAAAAACAAAGCAAAAGGUACGAACUAUGGCUCGAGAUUUAUAUGACGACCACUUUAAAGCUGUUGAAAGCAUGCCUCGUGGAGUAGUGGUAACACUCAGAAACAUAGCAACUCAAUUAGAAUCAUCUUGGGAGCUUCAUACGAAUAGACAAUGUAUUGAAGGUGAGAACACUUGGCGAGAUUUAAUGAAGACAGCUUUAGAAAACCUAAUUGUACUCUUGAAGGAUGAAAACACAAUUUCACCAUAUGAAAUGUGUAGCAGUGGUUUAGUACAAGCACUUCUUACUGUUUUAAACAAUAGCAUGGAUUUGGAUAUGAAACAAGAUUGUAGUCAACUGGUAGAAAGAAUAAAUGUUUUCAAAACAGCCUUUAGUGAAAAUGAAGAUGACGAGAGUCGACCAGCAGUUGCAUUAAUUCGAAAGUUAAUAGCUGUAUUAGAAUCAAUUGAACGUCUACCUCUCCAUUUGUAUGACACACCAGGAUCCACAUAUAACCUCCAGAUACUUACAAGAAGAUUACGAUUUCGGUUGGAACGUGCACCUGGUGAAACUUCAUUGAUAGAUCGGACUGGCAGAAUGUUGAAGAUGGAACCCUUAGCUACAGUUGAAUCUCUAGAACAAUAUCUCCUAAAAAUGGUAGCAAAGCAGUGGUAUGAUUUUGACCGAUCUUCAUUUGUUUUUGUUCGAAAAUUAAGAGAAGGGCAAAAUUUUAUAUUUCGGCACCAGCAUGAUUUUGAUGAGAAUGGAAUCAUUUACUGGAUUGGGACAAAUGCAAAAACUGCAUAUGAAUGGGUAAAUCCAGCUGCUUAUGGACUUGUAGUAGUAACAUCUUCAGAAGGAAGAAAUCUACCGUAUGGUCGCUUGGAAGACAUAUUAAGUCGUGAUAAUUCAGCUUUAAAUUGUCAUAGUAAUGAUGAUAAGAAUGCCUGGUUUGCCAUAGAUCUGGGUCUCUGGGUAAUACCAUCAGCAUAUACUCUUCGUCAUGCUCGUGGUUAUGGAAGAUCUGCCCUGAGAAAUUGGGUUUUCCAGGUAUCCAAAGAUGGACAGAACUGGACUUCUUUGUAUACCCAUGUUGAUGACUGCAGUCUCAAUGAACCAGGGUCAACUGCCACUUGGCCUCUUGAUCCACCAAAGGAUGAAAAGCAAGGGUGGAGACAUGUGAGAAUCAAACAAAUGGGCAAGAAUGCUAGUGGACAAACGCACUACCUCUCACUAUCGGGAUUUGAAGUUUAUGGCACUGUAAAUGGAGUAUGUGAAGAUCAGUUAGGGAAAGCAGCUAAAGAAGCAGAAGCUAAUCUUAGAAGACAGAGACGUCUAGUACGCUCCCAAGUUCUGAAAUAUAUGGUUCCAGGAGCUCGUGUUAUCAGAGGCCUUGAUUGGAAAUGGCGUGAUCAGGAUGGCAGUCCACAGGGAGAAGGCACUGUCACAGGAGAACUACAUAAUGGCUGGAUUGAUGUCACCUGGGAUGCUGGUGGCUCAAACUCUUACCGUAUGGGCGCAGAAGGAAAAUUUGACCUCAAGCUUGCACCAGGGUACGACCCUGAUACAGUGGCAUCACCCAAACCUGUUUCAUCCACUGUUUCAGGCACAACGCAAUCAUGGAGCAGCUUGGUGAAAAACAACUGUCCAGACAAGACAUCUGCUGCUGCAGGCUCCUCAAGUAGAAAAGGAAGCAGCAGUUCUGUGUGUAGCGUGGCCAGUAGCAGCGACAUCAGCUUGGGUUCGACCAAAACGGAACGGAGAUCAGAAAUUGUAAUGGAACACAGUAUAGUUUCAGGAGCUGAUGUACAUGAACCAAUUGUUGUUCUUUCAUCUGCUGAAAACGUCCCUCAAACAGAAGUAGGGUCAUCUUCCAGUGCAAGCACGAGCACCUUAACAGCGGAAACGGGAAGUGAAAAUGCUGAAAGGAAGUUAGGCCCUGAUAGUUCUGUUCGUACUCCUGGGGAGUCUAGUGCAAUAUCCAUGGGAAUUGUUAGUGUUAGCUCUCCUGAUGUUAGUUCUGUAUCUGAAUUAACUAAUAAAGAAGCAGCUUCACAGCGACCCCUUAGCUCUUCAGCAAGUAACAGACUGUCAGUGAGUUCUUUGUUGGCUGCUGGGGCCCCUAUGAGCUCUAGUGCAAGUGUACCUAAUCUGUCCUCAAGAGAAACAUCUAGCUUGGAAAGUUUUGUAAGGAGAGUGGCAAACAUAGCACGGACUAAUGCCACGAACAACAUGAACCUAAGCCGAAGCAGCAGUGAUAACAACACUAAUACUUUGGGGAGGAAUGUGAUGAGCACAGCAACUUCUCCUCUUAUGGGUGCUCAGAGUUUUCCCAAUUUGACCACACCUGGUACUACAUCCACAGUGACUAUGUCAACAUCCAGUGUUACUAGCAGCAGCAAUGUAGCUACAGCGACAACAGUUUUAUCAGUUGGUCAGUCGUUAAGUAAUACUUUAACCACCAGCCUCACAUCAACUUCCAGUGAGAGUGAUACAGGUCAGGAAGCAGAAUAUUCCUUAUAUGUGCUAGGAACCCAGGCCUCACACAUGCUAGAUUUUCUUGAUAGCUGCCGUGCCAGUACUUUGUUAGCUGAGCUAGAUGAUGAUGAGGAUUUGCCUGAGCCUGAUGAGGAAGAUGAUGAGAAUGAAGAUGACAAUCAAGAGGAUCAAGAAUACGAGGAGGUUAUGAUUCUAAGACGUCCAUCCCUGCAACGUAGAGCUGGUUCCCGCUCUGAUGUAACACAUCAUGCCGUUACCUCGCAGCUACCACAGGUCCCUGCUGGAGCAGGGAGCCGACCUAUUGGGGAGCAGGAAGAAGAAGAGUAUGAGACUAAAGGAGGACGCCGGAGAACAUGGGAUGAUGAUUAUGUGCUAAAGCGGCAGUUUUCUGCUUUAGUUCCUGCUUUUGAUCCUAGACCAGGUCGUACGAACGUCCAGCAGACAACUGACCUAGAAAUUCCACCCCCAGGAACACCUCAUUCAGAGCUCUUGGAAGAAGUUGAAUGUACUCCAUCACCUCGAUUAGCCCUCACUUUGAAAGUAACAGGUCUUGGAACAACUCGUGAAGUUGAAUUACCACUCACCAAUUUCAGAUCAACCAUAUUUUACUAUGUACAAAAAUUACUUCAGUUGUCCUGUAAUGGCAAUGUGAAAUCAGAUAAACUUAGGCGUAUUUGGGAGCCAACAUACACAAUUAUGUACAGAGAAAUGAAGGAUUCCGACAAAGAAAAGGAAAAUGGGAAAAUGGGUUGCUGGACUAUAGAGCAUGUGGAACAGUACCUUGGCACUGAUGAGUUACCAAAGAAUGAUUUGAUAACCUACCUGCAGAAGAAUGCAGAUGCUGCUUUCCUGCGCCACUGGAAAUUAACUGGCACUAAUAAAAGUAUUAGAAAAAACAGGAAUUGUUCUCAGCUCAUAGCUGCAUAUAAGGAUUUUUGUGAGCAUGGAACAAAGUCUGGAUUAAACCAGGGGGCCAUUUCCACUCUUCAAAGCAGUGAUAUUCUUAAUUUGACAAAAGAACAACCUCAGGCCAAAGCAGGCAAUGGACAGAACUCUUGUGGAGUAGAAGAUGUCCUUCAACUUUUACGUAUUCUGUAUAUUGUUGCAAGUGAUCCUUACUCAAGAAUAUCCCAAGAAGAUGGUGAUGAACAGCCUCAGUUUACUUUUCCACCAGAUGAAUUUACUAGUAAAAAAAUCACAACAAAAAUUUUGCAGCAGAUUGAGGAGCCACUGGCAUUGGCAAGUGGGGCUCUGCCAGACUGGUGUGAACAAUUAACCAGCAAGUGUCCUUUUCUAAUACCAUUUGAAACUAGACAACUUUAUUUCACAUGUACAGCAUUUGGUGCCUCAAGAGCAAUAGUGUGGUUACAAAACCGGCGUGAAGCCACUGUGGAACGAACAAGGACCACAAGCAGCGUAAGGAGAGAUGAUCCUGGGGAGUUUAGAGUUGGUCGUCUCAAGCAUGAAAGAGUAAAAGUUCCACGUGGUGAAUCACUAAUGGAAUGGGCUGAGAAUGUCAUGCAAAUACAUGCAGAUCGGAAAUCCGUUCUUGAGGUUGAAUUUUUAGGAGAAGAAGGAACUGGUUUGGGACCCACAUUAGAAUUUUAUGCUCUGGUGGCAGCAGAAUUUCAGAGGACUGACCUGGGAGCGUGGCUUUGUGAUGAUAACUUUCCAGAUGAUGAGUCUCGUCAUGUUGAUCUUGGAGGUGGAUUGAAACCUCCUGGAUACUAUGUGCAGAGAUCAUGUGGACUGUUCACAGCACCGUUUCCACAAGAUAGUGACGAACUUGAAAGGAUCACAAAACUCUUUCAUUUCCUUGGAAUUUUCUUAGCCAAAUGCAUUCAAGACAAUAGACUUGUGGACUUACCUAUUUCUAAACCUUUCUUUAAACUUAUGUGUAUGGGUGACAUUAAAAGCAAUAUGAGUAAACUGAUUUAUGAGUCACGAGGUGAUAGAGACUUACACUGUACUGAAAGUCAGUCUGAAGCAUCCACAGAAGAAGGUCAUGAUUCCCUCUCAGUAGGAAGCUUUGAAGAGGAUUCAAAAUCAGAAUUUAUUCUUGAUCCCCCUAAGCCCAAACCUCCAGCUUGGUUUAAUGGAAUUUUGACUUGGGAAGACUUUGAACUAGUAAAUCCACACAGAGCCAGAUUUUUAAAAGAAAUUAAAGACCUUGCUAUCAAGAGACGCCAGAUUUUAAGCAACAAAGGUCUGUCUGAAGAUGAGAAGAACACAAAAUUACAGGAACUAGUGCUGAAGAAUCCAGCAGGUUCUGGGCCUCCACUUAGCAUAGAGGAUUUAGGUUUAAAUUUCCAGUUUUGCCCUUCUUCAAGAAUAUAUGGUUUUACAGCUGUGGAUCUCAAGCCAAGUGGUGAAGAUGAGAUGAUAACAAUGGAUAAUGCAGAAGAAUAUGUGGAUUUGAUGUUUGACUUUUGUAUGCAUACAGGUAUUCAGAAACAGAUGGAAGCCUUUAGAGAUGGAUUUAACAAAGUUUUUCCAAUGGAGAAAUUAAGUUCCUUCAGCCAUGAAGAAGUCCAGAUGAUUCUUUGUGGAAAUCAGUCACCAUCCUGGGCAGCGGAGGAUAUUAUCAAUUACACUGAACCUAAGCUGGGCUAUACACGUGACAGCCCUGGUUUCCUGAGGUUUGUGAGGGUUUUAUGUGGCAUGUCUUCAGAUGAGAGGAAAGCAUUCCUGCAGUUUACUACUGGUUGUUCAACUUUGCCCCCAGGUGGACUGGCAAAUCUGCAUCCCAGGCUCACAGUUGUGCGCAAGGUUGAUGCUACUGAUGCAAGCUAUCCAUCAGUCAAUACAUGUGUGCAUUAUCUUAAGUUGCCUGAAUAUUCUUCAGAGGAGAUCAUGAGAGAACGCUUGCUAGCUGCUACAAUGGAGAAAGGCUUUCAUCUCAAUUGAGUUUGAAGUGCAAUGGGAGACAUCAGAGACUUUAAAAAUACUAGUGAAGCCUCUUGUGUUUGUGUGCAGAGAAGUGUAUGAUCCUCCACGCUAAUGACAUUUGCCUUUGUUUCCACCAUUAAGGCUUUAAGAACAUGUGGAAUAAGUUUGUUAGCUGCUAAUGAUAAAACCAAUCCUUUAACAACUCAGCCAGCAAGUAUAUAGCACAGAACACUGUGUUGCUUUACAAGGGCUUCUGUGACUGGAGUAAGGUGGUCCUACUUGACUGUUCCAAAGAGCAGCUUCUCAGAUCUUCAGUGUUCACUGGUAAAUUUCUAACGGUGUAUUUGUGUAAAGUUUGUCAUUUCAUACCCCACACACUACAGUUGCCAUCACUGAUCUGUUUUGCUGGCUUUUAAGCUACUUUUGGUCAAAAAUCCUGCUUCCUUAAAACACAGAGUUAAUGAGCAUCUCAAGCUUUUUCUUUUCCUUUUUAAUGAUGCCUGCACUAUCAGAGUAUUCUAGUGUUCUCUCUUUUUGUUUGGCAUAUAAUCAUGCACAACCUUUUUAUUUCUUUGAGGUGGGAGUAUAUUUUUAUUUCCUAAAUGCCAUACUAUAAAGAUCAAAUUCUUAAAUGAGUAUGUGCAGCUCAAAAAUAAAAAUAUAUUAAGGGGGGAAAACACUGGUCUUAGGUGCAAGGCACACUUAAAGCAAGUUUUAUGUUUGGUUGUAUUUUCUUUGUAUAUUAUAAACAUUUAUUUAACAUGUUGCAGUUUGAAGUAAAAAAUUUCCAAAAUGUAUGCUCAACAAUAAUCAUUAAAAUGUUUGCAGCGUACAAAACUGUGUCAUGACUAUUUCACUUCAGUCAUCAGACCUAAGAACUUAACUAGAUACUGUCAUUUUGAAUCAUUCAAAUUCAGUUUUCUGAAAUUACUACAUGAAAAAAAAAUUACUUUUCUAUAAUAAAUAUACUUACUGAACUUGAAAGAUUGGAAGAAAUUUUCACAUAUUUGUGACCUUACCGUUUUGUUGUCUUAAGGUAUUCUUCAACUAGAAAUGGCCAGUUAUUUGUGUUACCUUUUUAAAUUAGCAGAUCUGCUAUUCACCUGUGGAAGUCUAAAAUCAAUGAUUUUUAAAUGUUGUGUCAGUACAAAAAGAAAUAACCAGUAUAUUGCUAUUUCUUGGUUUUAGAGAAGGGGCUAUAUUUCCAUUUUCUACACUCCUAUUAUUAUCUGUGCAUAUUGGUGAAAGAAAUGUCACUAGGCCUGAUUCUUCCAAAGAGCCUUUGUUUUAAGGCACUAAAUGCAUGUUUGAAAUAACCCAAUAUUUACUUUUUAAAAGGUACAUUACCUUUCUACAUUAGAAGACAUAGUUCCUUCUAUAGUUAAUGAUUUUGGUAGUCAUCUUUCAGUAUCCUCGGAGGAUUGGUUACAGAACAUCUCAUGGAUAUCACAAUCUGAGCAUGCUCAAAUAUAUUACAUAAAGUGAUGUAGUCCUUGCAUAUCACAUGCACUUCCUCUUGUAUAUUUUAAAUCAUCUGUAGAUUACUUAUAAUAACCUAAUACAGUGUAAAUGCUAUAUAAACAUUUGUUAUUGAUAAGAAAAACAAUCUACAUGUUCUGUAGAUUAUAGGCAUAUUUUUUAUCCCCCUAAUAAUGUCACUCACUGUUGGUUGAAUCCACAGAUAUGAAACCAAUGGAUUUGAAGGGCCAACCAUAUUGUUUUUAUUUGCUGCAUGAGAAUAUUGUGAUUGUAUAAUCAGAGGCAACAUUUAAAAUAUUUCAUCUCAAUGUCAGCUUCACAGAUCCCUGUGAGUCUAAAAGUUAAAAGUAUAAUAGCAAUACUUAAAUGUAUAACCUGUUUCAGUCCAAAAAGUAGUGGUGGUAGUUUAUUCAAUAAAUUCUUGAAUACAUGACUAAACCUUUAUACUAGGGUUAGAAUUGACAUCCAGCUUAUGUGUGUAGUAUUGCCGUUAUUUAAGUAUCUAAAAUAUCUGUUAAUUGUCAACUUUUACUAAUAUUGGCCUGGCAAAGGGGUUGGUAAACUAUGCCUGCCACCCAUUUUUAUAUGGCCUGAGAACCAUGUAACCAUGAGGGGGUUUUUUAAAUUUUUUAAUUGGUUGAAGAAAACUAAUGAGUAUUUUAUGAUAUGAAAAUUAUAUGAAACUUAAAUUUCAGCAUAGGUUUUAUUAGAGCACAUAUUCAUUCAUUUAUAUUCUACUUAUGCUUGCUUUUGUACAUAACAUUAGAGUGGUGUAGUUAGCACAGACCAUAUGGCUCACAAAGCCUAAAAUGUUUACUGUGUGUCCUUUUACAAGUUUGCUGAGCCCUAGUCUAGCAAGUUGCUACUGUAGGUAAAUUGAUGAGUCUUAUAAAAUCAGAACUGUUUACUAAAUAUUUUAUGUGUGAAAAAUGAAAGUAUCUUACUGAAGUGAGAUGAUUUCACAGCCUAUAGGUAAAAUAGUCACAUUACAGUUUAUUUUCAAUGAGUCAAGUAUUGUGAGGAUCAUCUACUAGGGUCUCCACAUACACCAUGUUAUUAAAUAUUUUUUCCUGUGAUAUCUACCUAAUAUUUUUUAAGCUUAUUAUUCUCUUAAGGUGCUAAAAUCUGUGCCAAGAUGUAAUUCCACUACUAUUUUGGUGUGACCCAAAAAUUAAUUUUGUUCACUCCCUAGCUGCUUCUGGUGUACCAGUUUCGCACUUAUCUGAAUGUGCUGCUGAUUAAAUGCUUACCAACUAGGACAGUGUUUCCCAACUAAUGUCUCAGAAAGACCUCCAAAGCACUUACAUUGAUGUAGACGGGCUUUCCUCAGACAGUGGCAACUUAAUACAAAGCUGUAUCUUUACACACCUACAGCUAGCUUAUUGUUCCCACACUCCAUAAGCUUUCCCUCUGCCUUCUUGAUGAGUCCACAGCAACUCAGGUUUGCCUUGGGAAUCCACUGUGGCUAGUUUUCUGGGUCUUUGUAGAUGAAAACUGAAAUAUGUACAUAGACUUUUGGAAAAGCCUCCUCAUUCCCUCCUCAGACAUACACAAAAGAGAAUAGCAGUGUUGCAUAGUUAGUCCCUAGAAUGUUCAUUUAUGUCCUAUUCUGGAGAACUGAGUGUUGUAGUUGAAAGAACUCUUAAAACAUUACAUAGGAAGAUAUUUUAAUGUCUGUCUCUCUAUCCUCCUCCAUUGCACCUGUACUCCCACUCCUAAGUGUAUAUAUAAAUACUUUUAACAACGACAGUUCAGUAUUUUUCACUGUUGCCUCAGUGGUGAAAGCACAUCAAAAGGUUUUUGGAGAUAUAGGACGUUGUUCUAUAGGACUUCAUAUUUUGCUUCUGAGAUAUCCUAGGAGGAGCUAAAGGAAUAAGAAGUCAUUUUAUUCCAAACUGAGCAGAGCUAUUCUCUUGCAUUUUAUUUUUAAACUUUGAACUAAAACAAAUUUCAUUAACAAGCUUAUUUGUAAGAAAAACCCUUUAAAAUGUGGUAUAAAUGAUAUUUGUAAGGGUUCUCUUCUAAUGUUUUAUUUGAUAGUAACAUUACAGAGUUAAUCAUAUGAUGGCAUUGUAAUUGCUAACUGCCCUAGAAAUGGAAUCAAAGGCUUUUACGAACUGGAAAAUAAAAUUUAAUUCUAUAAUCUU